AUCAUGGCGGCGCCCAGCGAGAAUCAUGCUUGCGCUGAUAAAUAGUUUUUCUUCUAACAUAAUGGACUCAAGCUAAGUUGCCUCUUAAACUAGUAUUUAGCCAGUAAAUAAAUAUAUAUCGAAUUACUUAGGUAUUAUGACAGGUUGCUUGAAAUAAUCUAUUUACCACAAAUUUGUUUGACUUUAUAUUUAACAAAGGUUAUUGAAUAGAGGUGAUUUGUAGUGAAUUAUAUGCAUGUUUUGUCUGUUUCUGCCAAUAUGUAUAUUCUGGUCAGUGUAGAAGCGCUCAAGUAGCUGCUGUGUGUGAUGUUUCUGAUCACUGUGUGGUGAGAAGAACCAAACCAUCAAAUUGUGUCAUCUUCAUCCUUCCAGUCAUUCUCUGUUGAGCUAAAAACCAUGACAGUUCCUCUACAUUUGGGUCUCUCAUUCAUGACUCGUAAAUUUGCCUGUGUCAUAUGUUUGAAGAGACAUAAUGUGGUUCGCAAUAAACCAUUUCUCUGUGCUCUGAGAAACUUUGGGACUGGUCCAAAUGAUUCUGACAGAGAGGACAGUAGUUCAAAUGCUCCUGCAUCCACUUCCCCACAGUUCUCCCGAAGAGCUUCUGUGUUUGGAAGGCGUCGACCUCUGUCCCCACUGGAGAGGGUCAGUCAGCUUCUGCCUGAAGACACAUUAAGUCCAGAGGUUUGGGCUCUACGGGACACUAGAAACACUGAGGUGGAACAGGACAGUCAGAGUCUGGGGAAGGAGCGAGAAGAAGCUAUACAGGAACCUCAAGGAUCUUUUGCUCCACAUCAUGUGUGUGUUCCUGGGGAAAGGCCACUAUGUUUUGGAGAGACUCUGCUGGCCGAGUUCAGUCGAAAGAGACGUUUAGAGUUUCGGAAGAUGUUCCAGCUAAAGGAAGGACUGAAGCUCCAUAGCAAUUGGGGAUUAAUAGCUCAUAAUGACAUGGAGGGGCGACCUGCUGGAAGCGUCAUACGCACUUCAAUGGGAAUCCCGAUUGUCAUUCGUCGAUCCAGUCUGGAUGAGUUCACUCUCUUCAUGAAGAGAGGGCCAGCUAUUGCAUACCCUAAAGAUGCUAGUGCGAUGUUGACCAUGAUGGAUGUGACUGAAGGAGAUUGUGUUCUGGAAUCAGGCUCUGGAUCUGGUGCCAUGAGCCUCUUCCUGUCCAGGGCAGUGGGUUAUAAAGGAAGUAUUUUGAGUGUGGAGAUAAGAGAGGACCAUCACAGAUGUGCUGUAUUAAACUACCAGCGUUGGCGGUCCUCGUGGAGUCUUCGGCAAGGAGAGGAAUGGCCUGAUAAUGUUCACUUUCACCAUGGAGAUCUCAUAUCUGCCGGACCUCUUCUGGCAGGGCGAGGUUUCAACUCGGUUGCUCUGGAUAUGGUUAAUCCACAUUUGGCUUUACCUGCUGUGGUUCCUCACCUCCAUCCUGGAUCUGUGUGUGCUGUUUAUCAAGCAAAUAUCACACAGGUCAUUGAUCUGAUGGAGGGACUGCGAUGCUCUGCCCUUCCUCUGGUGUGUGAACGCAUUGUUGAGGUUCAGUACAGGGACUGGCUUGUUGGCCCGUCACUCAAAAAAGAUGGUACAUUUAACAAACGAAAAGCUCCUCAUGAAGAUGAUGAUGAUGACGAAAGUGAACCAAAUGAAGACACGAAAGGGGAUUUGAAUUGUCAAGAUCCAGUGCCGUUUGGAGAUGUCCCAUACAUUGCACGUCCUCAUCCUGAACAGACUGGCCAUACAGCCUUCCUCGUAAAACUACGAAAGAUCUUGAAAUAGAUGUUCCACAUUUAAUGUCUGUGCAAGAAGACAGCAAAGCUAC